UUUAGUUUGAUGUCGUUCGCUCACUGCCGUUUACCGGCGUCUUACCCACAAUGCACCGGGCCUUCAAGGAAGCGUUCAACAUUGCUUGGCGCGACGCUACGAGUGUGUAACAGCUCGCGGAGAAAUACGUUGAAUACGGAUGCGUUUCUCCUCUCUCUCACGAGACAGUAUACAAAUGUUACUCGUUGGCGAGACUCUCGUCAACAAAGUGACAGCUCCCUACUUGGCAAUCACGCUAAAUUACGCUGCCAAUGAGGAGGGAUCGAACCCGGCAGUCGCCCGGAGCCUCCUCGGAGCAUAAUGGAGAGAUCGCUCUCGGAAGAUUGCUCUCGAAAUCCCCAUCGACUUUCCGCGCGGGGAAAGAUAAUCUCAUUUGACUGCAAACGAGCCUCGGCCACGAGGGACAGCGAGAGAAGUGAGUUAAUAUUCCGCAGCCUUUCGUUCGCGCGCGAAGCCAACGCGUUCGUGAAGGCGGACGACGGGGCGGCCGUCGUCGCCGCCGGGAAGCGGUCGGCGCGCGUCGACAUUGUGGCGUGCGAGUGCGCCGCGAACGUUGCGACGAGAGUGCGCGCGCCGUGCGUUCUGGUGACGCGCAAGAGCGCGAGCGGCGCGAGCUUCCACUACAGUCUGCUCGCGCUGAGCGGCUCCGGCCGCCUGGAGACCUGCGUGCAGUUUAAACUGCCUUAUGAAAUGCGGGAGAACGUGUCCAUCCUGCGAGGCCCCACCGUGGCGUGGAGUCACGCCGGUGGCGUCUUCCACGCCUCCCCGCGGACCGCAGAGGUCAGGCGGACGCCCCUUGAGUUGUCCCACUGUGUUAUUGGAGAACUCCCGCUCCACGAGGACCAGGUGUUCGUUCUCGGACUUCCGGCCCAUCCGGGCCGGUGCCCCGGUGGCGCUCGUGCCGCCGGGUGUUUUGUUGAAAGCGCACAGGUGUUCGACGGCAGUGUGAUAAUGCCGCACCAAUACGUGGGCAUCACGCGGUGCGUCCUCGCGCUGUCCGCGGACAAAGUGGACGGCGUGCUGAAAUCCGCCGUGGUCGCGGCGACUUCCAAUCGGCAACUGGUUUCUUUUGAGAACGGCGCCGUGAAAGAAGCGUGUCAGCUUCCUUUCGACCGGCCUGAACUCAUUCAGUUGGUCAACGCAGGAAGACAUGGCUGCCUGUUCGUGGUGUCUUUUCACCAGGGGCACGUGUGUGCCCUGUGGAAGGACACAUUUCAGAUAGCCUCCCGCUGGUCAGGUGUCACCUCUGUCCAUGUGGAGGACUUCCUGGGAUGUGGAACAGACCAAAUGCUGUUGGUUUUCGAGGAUGGUGGCGUGACGGAACAACCCAUGAGAAGGUUUCUCCUCACCGACCUCUGUGGCAUUUCAUAUUCUCGUGGGCAGGACAGCGGGGCGCCAAGGACACCACCUCCUCCGCCAGAGAACGAUCUCCUCACCCUCCGAGCUUUGGAGUCCAGACUGCAGAGUGGAUUGACCGUGCUCCAGGAGCUCCGGGCAGAGAUGAGAGUGAAGGACAGAGUUCUGCAGCAGUCGAUCCGAGCCCUCACCGACGCCGUCUCAGAAGAAAAGACUCCUCUCACCCGGCAUGAGCAGGAAGGCCUCAUUGCUCUGUGGGAGGAAGAGGAAGAGGAUGAUGAUGAGUCAAAGGAUGAAAAGAUGCCAGACAUGCCAGCCGUGUCUUCAAAACCUCAAGUUGACAAGCUGUGGCAUCGCGUCGCCGAGGAGCGACUGGUUGUGGGAGUGAUACUAUCUACCGACAGCUCCACACCAGUGGCCAGUGUGAGCUUAUCCAUCCUGACGGAGACGGGUCAGGGCUCAACACCUGCAGUCAUCGAGGCCCAGAGCCAAGUGUUCUGUCUCCCUGCGCCCUGCUCUUCGUCUAGCUCCUCCUCCCCCUCCUCCUCCUCCACUGCCUACACAUUCUUAGAGCCUGCAGCCAAAAGAAGCAAGCAGCACCUUGCCGGGAGAGCCGAUGAGCUCAACGCAUGCAGAUUGGCUGUGACUGCUGUGACCAGGCUGACACCUCUGUUGAACUCUGGCUGUGCAAAGUGCCGUGUCAUGCUCCAUUACGUCCAGGGACGAGACGCCUUUGCCGUUGUGAGCAACCCAACACCGGUUGUUGUGCAUUGCGGAGAUGUUGCUCUAGACAUCAACCAUAAUUUCCAAACGCGGCUCUUGAUAAAACCAGAACUCCAAACAGAUGACACAGAAGAGGACUUUCUGAGCCUGAUGGCACUGCGGGAUCAGCGGGUCUUCCGCAUACACUCCCCUGAUCACAGUUUAGACGAUAUAGAUGGCUGGAUUCAAAAAAUAGCAGGUUGUAGGAGGAUAGAAGUGAGUCCUCAGUAUCUACUGUUGAAUUCUUCAGGACCAUCUGCUCUCAUGCUGCUUCACUGGCAUCAGAUGAGCCCUUUCCAGGGGGAACUGUCUGUCCACUCCAGCCAGCUGCAGGCGCUCCAGUUGCUGGACUCUCUGUUGGCCCACCUCCCUGCCUGCUGCUCCAUCCAGUCUGUCAAAGGUACAAGAGGACAGGGUGCAGCUCAAAUAUUGUCUUUGGCUCUGGAGAAAGAGUUGGUGUCCCUCAGAGACGGCGUUUCGUUGCUACUUUGUGAAGAGGAGGAAGAAGAGAAGGAGGAGGAGAAAAAGAGUCUUGGACACGGGGAGACCCCUCAGCCAGGUUCCGUGGAGGAGCUCCAGAGGCGUAGGGAGGCUUUUCAGGGGGACGUGGAGAGGAGUAAGACGAGGUUGAGCCCCCUGGUGGAUGUGGGGAGGUAUCGUGAGCUCACCCGAAGAAUGUCCAAAGUCCAACUGGACACGGAUUUGGCCGCUUUCUUAAACACCAACAACUUUGUGUAACGACUAAUGGGUUAGUCAUGUUACCUGGACUGGGGGCUGCCCCCCCCCCCCUUUGAUGGCUUACAGCUGUCUCUUGGACUGUUUAUGUCUAGUGUCUCCUGCUGUGUUAAAACCUCCACCGUUUAUCCUGCACCACCUCCAGCCUUCAUCUCAUACUGAUACGUGAUAUUUUUCUGUUUGUGUCCCUUAAGACCCUGCGGGUUCAACAACGCUCUUCAAUGUCUGUCGCUGCAAGAGAAACGCCUGCUGAACGCAGGCAACGGGCGAUUGUUGAGCACCGGGGCUGUAAAUCUGCUCAGUGACGGUAAUUGCCUGCAAGCUUUUACAGGCAGAAUACCUUCCCCUCAUGAGUCAAGUCCCCGUAUCUGUUUCUCGUGGCUCUGCACAGGCCGUCUGUGCUGUAAAAUGCAGUUUGUCCAAAUAAACAUGAAAUCCUACUUAAAAGGACCCCAACUUCUCCGGCUGCAUGCAGCUUUGCUGUGUGGCUGGAGGUUGUUUUUUCUUUCUCCACCCCCCGAAGGGGCCAAGGAACAAGGAUGUGCUAGCUCCUCUAUCCGUGUAGUACUUAGGACUCUGUCUCAGGAGAGAAACUUCUCCUCUUUCACACCUCUUAUAAGUCCGCUUCAACGCAAGUAAAAGCUUCCACAGGCCUCACCGCCCCAGAAGUGAACGAGCCCUUCGGAGGGAGUGAGCCCUGCGUGGUGCUCUAUGGUGGUAACUGCUACAGGGGGUUAAUGAAAGCGGACAAAAAUGGUUUUGUCUCUCUUGCGAAUGGAAGCAAAGGAGCCCUCAGCUUUCGGCUCAGCCGGGUUUUACUGUUGUAUUCAAGUUCGGCGAGUAUUCAUCCCUCGCGUACAGAUAGCAGGUCCACACACGACGCCUCUCCUAAUGGCGAGACGAACACCCCUGUGAGUUGUAACGCAGAGGCCGGUUUGACAAUUCUGUACAGUGAAAAACGCUAAAGAGCCAGAAAUGGAUCACAUGUGAAAAAGAAAAUAUUAUUAUACUGGUUUGCCCUUAAAACCCUGACGGCGAUCUAGUCCAAUGUAUGUUUUGUAGUCCCAUUACUGUCUGUUAACUUCUAUUAACUCUGAGUGGUGGAAGAGAGCUGCAGGGUUUCCACUCUCCACUGUAGACCCUUCACUUUAAUAGGAAAUGAAAACGUGGUAGAUGGAUAAUGUUGCUGAUGUGAAACAUCCCAGACACGGAGAAAACAAAAUCUACCUCCCGUCUGGCUUAUUGAUGCAGACAAAUUGACAUUUGAUGCAGUCCUGCGUCUUCCGAUGUGUGUGGAAGUCAGUCACUGUAGGCAUCCGUCAGAACUGAUUCUGAAGCUUCUCACAUAUUUGAGCUUCAAAAUUGACAUUAAACGAAUAUGAUUUACAUAUAUAGAAACUAUUUUAUAGUUAAAUGGUUGUAAGUGAAAAAGUAUUUUCUGGCCAUAUAUUCAUAAUUUAAGAGUUUGGGUUUUAACAUUUCAUGUGCCACCUUGUACAAGUGUCUGUAAUAUGACUGAUAUAAAUAAACAUUUAACAGCAUUGGAACUA